AUGCGGGGAGGUGCACCCGCGGCUGAUCCCGCUGGCAGCGGUGGGGCAUCGCCUGCGCGAAAGAAAAUUGUGGUGCGGCGCGGGACGGCGGGCACGACGGCGAGUGCGCCUCGCGGGGCCUCCCCGCCGCUCGCGGCCAGCAGCAGCGGCAGGAAGGGCGGCGGGGGCAGUGCCUUCGACGCCGGCGCGCGUAGAGAGCGGCGCGCGACACCGCAGUCGCCGGCGUCGCCCAAGCAGGAGGGGCCCCCGCUGAACCGCAUGGUUUUUAGCUCGAUUCAGUUUUCGGCGCCGACGUUUGUCAACAACAUCAUCAACCGCGUGCUCUUUCCCAUCCUCCUCUCGCAUCGGAGGGACGCCUCGCCGACGCUGGCGGCGCCGCCGACGGCAGCAGCCGGCGGAGGAGGAGGCAUGUGGCUGCUGCCCACGGACGGGGGCGGCAGCGCCGACGGCGCGAAGAACGGCGGCGGGGGGAACGGCGCCCGGCCGUCGCAUGAGGCCGCUGCGGACGGCGAAGACCACGUUGCCAUUGCGAACCGCCUGACCGCCACGCUGGAGCGCGCGCUGGCCGAGAUUGAGAUGACGCAGGAGGAGGAGGAGAACGCCUUGCGGGGCAACGAGGUUCGGUGUCGCCGCGUUGAAAUACGUGAGAAACGGCGGCUGGCAACCAUCCGACUCGGGCUGGAGGCCACCACGGCGCGCCUGCACGAGUACGAGAACCGCGUAUGUAACGCACUGGCGGCGACCGCGGGGAUUGAGCAGCACCUGUCGCAGUCCAACGCAAGGGUGAUGCGUGGCCGCUCUGUCUCACAGCUCCUGAAGCACUUCAAGAUGUUUAUGCACAUGAACCAUGCGGAGCUGGGGGCGCUGUUGAAGAACUUGUCCAAGGCACGCGCGGAGCAGCGCGGGGAGGUGACGUCGAAGUGGGAGGCUGGGCUCGUGUCGCCGGCGGAUCCCAUGUACUAUGGCGGCGCCGCUGCCGGCGGUGGCGGCGGGGAAGACGCCGCGGCGGCAAAGAGCGAGGAGGCUGAGAGCAGCUGCCAGGAGGAGGCCGAGGAGAGGAAGAGUGACGCCCGUGGCGGCGAGGCUGAGCUCGGCCGAGGCCCAAGUGACGCCAAGAACGCUGGCGUCAAAAACGACAGCAUUUACGGCCGCACCAGGGCGGAGGCGGGGAGGCCGCGUGGGCUGUUUAGGCAAGGCGGGCCACGCCAACUGCGGCGCCGCGUCGUGACGAUGGCGCAAGGCCCCGAGGAGGCCGCAGCGUCGAUGGGGACAACAACGACAACAGCAGCAAAAGUUGGUGGCGGCGCUGCUGGCGGGAGGGAAAAGAUGCAUCGCUUGGAGACGGCGGCGGUGGCGGCCGGCCUGGAUCGUACCUUUGCCGUGCGCAGCUGCACGGAGGCCCAGGUGGACUGGUGCCAGCGUCUGACGCACCUCUGCCGCGAGCUCAACAGCGUCGUCGGGGGCACGUCCAACAUUGACCUCUACGUGGGCUGGGUGCGGCAGGAACUCAUGGCCGACGUCUUCCACCUCGUCGAUCGCUUCAACGAGCUCUACAAGGAGCACCCAGACACUGCGGUGCACCAGCCCUACGGUCGCGCCCUCCUCAAGACACUCGAACUCGUCUCGCGGCUCUACAACAGCAUCACCGACUCCCAUGACGCGCUGCUCUCUGCCUUCUACGCACGCACGAUUAAUCAGAUGGGCAUCACUCUCUUUAGUGAGUACUCGCCGAAGCCUCUCCCGCCGCAGCCGCCACUCAGUGGCGCGGCCACGGCAUCGGCGCCCCCCGCCGCCAUGCAGCACUACCGCAGCAGUACGGAGCCUGACCUGCACCGCACCUUCGACUUCCUUCUCUCCCGCACCCGCCGUGACGUCAUUGUCGUGGAAACUAUUUUUGGGACGUCAAACUCUGCACGACAGCAGCUGCUUGCGCAGGUCACCGAGGGCGUGGUGAAGCCAUUUGUCACGCAACAGCUGAAGCUUGCGGAAUUCUUUGCGCGAGACAUGGUGGAGGCGGAGGCGCGCUUGUCCCCGCGUUCCAAGCGGCGCGCUUCGACGCGGGUGGCGGACGCCAUGGCCUACGCCCACACCAUGCAGGCCAGACUGUUUAGCUUCUUUCAGGACUAUGUCAAGGAGCUGCGCGCCACCUUCGAAAAAGGUGAGGCGGACUUCCUUGAGAAGUACGUCGACUCCAUCUUUACCAGCCGCGCCGCCUUUGCGGAGCGGAAGGCGGAGCUUGUGCUGCUGCGGCGCUACCACACGAUGCUGGAGGAGCAGUACACCCGAGACCUGCACUCCGUCCCGGACGAGGUGUUUGACCUGCGGGAGGCGCACAUGAAGAAGACGAAGGAGCUCGUUGAGCGACUCACGGAGGUGGUGGCGCGCACGCGCACCUACGCGCCGGCAAAGGACGUCGCCCCGUGUGUCCUGGACCUCGUCCAGGCCUCGCUGGAGAAUAUGGGGAAAUACAUGGACGAGGAGCUGCGCAAGAUGAUGGAGUCGCUCCGCGCCGAUCGCGAGCACUGGCGGGCGAAGCCGGAGUCGGAGGAUGAGCUGCUGCGGCCCUCGAAGCUUGAGUCGCAGCAGUGUGGUCUGCGCAUGCUGCUUUUUGUGCAGUCCUCCCUGAUGAGUUUGAAUGACGCCCUCUCGGUUAGCUGCGCGCCGCUCCUGCAGGCCGACCCCCGCCUCGAGGCGGCGAUUGAGGAGGCGAAGGAGUCGGCCUACGAGGCGUUGGACAUGCGCGCCGAGGCGUUGCUGAAUCUGUGCGCCAACGCCAUCAUUGUGCGCUCCCUCUCCAUCCUGCUGCACUACCAGAAACGGAACGACUACAGACCGAAGGUGGCAAAGGGGGCAGAGGGGGAAAUGCUUGCCCAGCCCUGCACGCGCGCCUGCACCCUCUUCUGCCUGUACGUCACAAGGCAGUUUGAGGAGGCAAAGGAGUUUGUGCGACUCUCCAAUGGCCAAGUGCCGCAGCGACAAAACACAGCGGGGGCUGCCGCGGGCCCAAUGCUUGAGCCGGCUGCGGUGACAGGCCAGUACGCGGCCAUGUCAAAGCAGCGGAGUAACCUCUCGGCUGCGGUCGCCUCCAACGACGUGCUGAGCGCCGUGCGGGCACGCGCGCGGACGAUGAACAUGCAACAGCUGCUGUACGGCGACGGUGGGCCAUCUUCCUUCGUGCGCACCGUCGGCGUCUGCCUGUAUCGGGGGAUUGUGACACACCUGAAGGCCUUCAUCGUCACCGACCGUGGAGCGCUCAUCUACAAGCAGGACGUCACCGCCUACCUGGAGGCUAUGGGCCCGAUUAUCCGCACACCUGGGCUAGGCGGUGCCGUGGUGGAGGUGCUGUUUCGCCUGCUAAAGGAGACGGCGAGUCUGCUGCUGAUGCCGUGGGGACACAUCAAGGGUGUGCGAGAGACAGGGCUUCUACGACUCAUGAGCAACGAGGAACAGGUGCAGUUUAUCCGCAUGCGGGAGGAUCUGCAGGAUGGGUUCCGCAAGAUUACCCACUGA